AUGCCUCGUAGACGUACAGCAGCAGCCCCGGCCUCUAGUCAACGCCGCACGCCUGGUUCAUCAAGACCAGCAUCGACGAUGGCGGCACCUCGUAGCAUGGCAUCUGCACCACCAGCACGUCCAGCAGCGGGACCUGGUCAACAUGGAGGACAACAACCAGCAGCACCAGCGGCGGCUCCCCCUACGGCGGUGCCCUCAUCGGGUGGCGGCACAGGCUUUUUCGGCAACAUGAUGAGUACAGCAGCUGGUGUGGGUAUUGGUAGUGCGAUUGGACAUACGAUGGGAAAUAUGCUUACAGGCGCGUUUGGUGGUGGCAGCAGUUCAGCACCAGCAGCUGAAGAAACCAAUGCAGCAUCAGCAGCACCUCAAGCCGAAACAGGAUUUGGAUCUACAUCAGGAUUUUCCGAUGCCAAUGCAGAAGAGUCGAAGCGUGCUUGUAAUGGAGAAGCCAAGACGUUUGCAGAAUGUAUGAACCAACAUGGAUUUGAUCACUGUUCUUAUUAUUUGGAGCAAUUAAAGGCUUGUCAAUCACUUUGGUCUCCUUCUGUAUAA